AUGCCUGGGUGUCUUGAGGUACGUUACAUUGGUGAGAGUCAUGGCGUGGGUUCCUAUACACUGAAACCAGCCAAAGCGGGGGAUGUCCUUCUGCAGGAGUACCCCGUCGCAUUUGCCAAGGCCCAAAGACAAGACGCACUGGAACCUCAUCGCAUCUGUGGCGGUUGCGGUAUGAUCCUCACCAGUCUAAAGGAGGAGUGCCGGCGCUUAGCGCUGCUCGCACUUGAGGCAACCACCGGAGGGUCAUCGCAACUUGAUGAGCGAGUGCACGGCAGUAGUAAUGCAUGUGAAGAGCAAAAAUAUGAACAUGAAGCAGUUGGUAAUCGAGCGGGCGUCACGGAAUGUGCUGUCGAAGCGCCGGAGCUGGCUGUUAUAGUCUCACCUGACAAGUUAUAUGACACGUUCAAGGACCAUGAAAUGUGGGAACACUUCCAGAAGGGGGUUGAAGCCAGUGACGAUAUACCAGAAGGCGGAGCCGAUAGCGCGGAGGUUCGGUUUUGCAGUAUGGAAUGCAAGGAGCACUGCCUUGGGGGCCGGGGCGGGCGUUUCGUGCUUCCACUGUUGCGGGAACCGCCAUGCAACGAACUGCAGCUCACCUCUGGCGUAAUGGAGGCACAAGGCAUUGAAGAUGUUGACAAGCUACGCACACCAUCCGCUGAUACGAUCAUGUACCAGUCAACAACCUUGACGGCUGAAGUCGCGGUGGAAGUGUGGCCAACCAAGGCCCAUGCACUCGCUACGUUGGAGUUUCUUGCAGAGAAGUAUAAUGCACGAUUGCGGCUUGUUCUGUUCAUCCUUGCUCGCUUUCUCUCGGACAUUCUUUCCACGGGCUCGGUGGCAGCUAACAAACAGUUUGAAGAGCGUCUUGGUGAAAGAGUGCAAGAAUUUGUACAGCAUUACGACGAGGGUGCGUCGCGAGGCCUAUCACCCGAGCAGCGCUCGUUUCUUCGCUUCUCGUGGAAGUGCGUUUGCCGCUGGAUAACUCUUUGCUGCGUGAAUGAAGGAAAGGUAGCCACUGCAGUUGCAGGUAGCGAAGAUAAAUUUUGUGAAGGACUAUGCAGUGCAGAGAGAGUGUGCUCUAGCACAGCUGAAUGGUUCCCCCUCCAACUUUACCUACGUUGCUUUUGGGUAACAGAUGCUAAUGCACACAUGUACGUUGUAGUUUCCCCGCUCUAUAGCUUGUUAUCCGAGAGGUUGCCAAUACUGAGUGGCAUAUACCGUAUCCAGAGCGAAACACAUUUUGGCAAAGGCAGAGGUGAAAACGUUUGUGAGAACGAAGAUUCCAACGUUGGUAGCGGGCGAGAGGUGGAUCGUUUAAACCGUCAAAUGAAAAUACUCCAAUUUCUGUUCCAAACUGUGGACCCGAACAGAGCUCACUCCAGAGGUGUGGCUCUCUAUGAUGCGGCGGCGAAGAUAAACCAUAGUUGCGCACCAUCAGUCCGAUUUGUGCCGACCCAUGGCGGGGUCAAGGCCGUCGUUGUGGCGUUGCGAGAUAUUCCCAGCGGCGAGGAGGUGAGAACGUCGUACAUUGAAGUUGGGGCGUAUCCCACAAACAAGGCACGAAGGGAGUUCCUGCUUAGCAGCUACGGGUUUAACUGCGAUUGCCCACUAUGCGUAACUGAAUGUGAACCAACAUAA